CCUUGUAGGCGACAGACAACUGUAUGCAGUUGCUCCAUGUACGCAGUGGGUGUCGGAUAUGUUGUUGACAUGGCUGUUCGUCUGUUGGGGAGCUGUCAUAUGCCUGGGAAUACAAUCUUCUCGAAUACGCCUUAUGGAUGAACCAAGCACCUGGUGGGAGGCACAAAGCCGAUGCAAUGUGAAAGGCAGGUUGUACACACCAGGCUCAGAGGACAUUCCACUAGACCUUCUGAACCGUCUACAGCUCGGCACCUACUACUGGAUAGGUGCCAUGGAUUACUUAGCCUGGCUUUGGACAGAAGAUUUCAGUCCCCUGUACACCUAUGCUGGCUUCCUUCCCCUGGAGAGUGUGACAGCAGAAUCAAUGGUAGAAUUCCUUGAUAACUCGGUAUGGAAGUGCCAUCUUCACUGCAGCCAAGCAGAUUCAGUAGGCAUGAAGGAAACCACGUGCUACUGUCUAAAAGUAGGAUACAGCACUACAACUUCGAUGGCACCUGAGAGCACGUGUCCAGGAAACUUGGACGAAAAGUGUGGCAACGUCCAAGGGAUGUCAGUAUAUAGGCUAGAAAACAUUACCUUUGAUCAAGAGCCAGACAAGUACUGUGCUUAUGCAAUACGUCGGGGUGGGGACCACUCCAUACACAGCAGCACAUGCGAAAACAAAGGCAGAUGUCAAGCCUGCAUUGUUAGCGAUCCAAGUACACACGUCUAUGUAUAUUGCUGGAGUAAGUCCUGGUAUGAUGCCUACAGGACAUGCCACUUGGUUAAACUUAAUACAGCUGUUCAGAACGGUCUCCUUAGCCUCACGAGUACGAUAACAAGAUACUGGAUUGGCUUAUACAAAUAUACACACAGGCAAUGGAUAAACGGGGAGGACGCUUUGGAGUACGAUGAGUAUCGCGGUAGUGCGUCUUCAGACACAAAGUGCCUGAGUGUAUACAAGCAGUGGAAUGGAAGAAAGCGUUUAUACUGGAGGCCAUGUUCAGAACAAAGGAGGUUCAUAUGUGAAGAUGUAAAAAUAUCUACAGCGUCAACUACAAUGACACCAACAUCAUUACCACAACCCUCAUCAUCAGUAACCAAAUCACCCACAAUGACUCCAACAAUGUUAACACAUCCCUCAUCAUCAGCAACCAAAUCACCCACAAUGACUCCAACAAUCUUAACACAUCCCUCAUCAUCAGAAACAAAAUCACAGCCACAAGGAGGAGUUGGUACAACCGAUGGCGUCCACUCUACCGAAGUUACCACACCACUUGCAGGACGGAAAGAUGCUAUGAACUCUUCGAGCAAUCCCCAGGCAGGUGGCUUCAUAGGACUAGGUAUAGGAUGUGUGCUGCUUGUGCUGGCAAUCCUCAUUGUAGUCGUCGUGUUGAGAAGGCAAAAGAAACUGUGCUUUAAGACAAAAAGUGGGAAUCAACUAAUACACUUCACUUCAGUCACAGAAAACACCACUUAUGGAUUAGCCGUUCAGGCACAAACAGCAAAUGGAGCAUAUUCAGUCAUAACACCUCCUGACAUAGAUAGAACAUCCACGUCAUCCACGUUUCCAACGGCGAUAGUCCGACCCAAUGCUCACAAUGACAACAUCUACAUCAACACCUCUCAGAUUAAUGAUGAGGAUGAGUACAACGUGUUGUCAGAAUCCGACAACUCCAAGAAGGUUAUGCCACACGGGAAUCCCUACAAUCACCUCUCGGGACCUGACAGAGGUAACGGGUCCACAGGAGACUACGACACUGCAAACUGUGUUCCACAGGCAGGAGAGGCGACCACUGGGCUGAAAAACACGACCGCAGAUACACGACUGUCUGAUGCAGCGAGUAGUCAGAACUUAGAGGAGGGUCAGUACAAUGUGCUCGGUCAGCACGACUCUCCCAGAACAGUUGAUGCCGACGCGGGGGUGUACGACCACGUGGCAGCGGACGAGGGGGAUUGUGACACUACACAGCAGUGUAAGAAUCCCAGCAAAGUGGAUGAUACUUACAGUCACAUUCAGAGGACAAACACUGAAUGUGAAGAGGAUGCUUAUGAUGUUGCAAGUAAACGGCAACCGGAAGGAUGUUCUUAUGACACCUACGACCACGCCACUAAGGUCGAUGAGGAAGACAGAGACACGGCCGACUACUACAACACAAAGUGUCUUCAUCGAGACGAUGGGAAUCUUGAUGGACAUCCCGGAGGUGAUGGUCGGUCUGAUGAAAAUGAUCAAGAAAACGUUUACAGUCUUGCCAAGGGCAUUUCCGAUGCCUAAGUAUUGACAAAAUAAAGUUUUCAUGUUA